AUGCUGAACCAGCUUGGGAAGAUUGGCACCGGCACCGCCGUGGGCGCCGUCACGGCGCUCCUCGGCCUGCAGUGGCGGAACCCGCUCAACGUGCUCAUCGGCAUCGGAGCGAUGGUCCCCGGGCCCCAGGCAGGAGCUCUGACGACCGCGGGGGCCGUUCUGUCCGGCAUUCACCUCCUGAGCCUCGACCCCAAGGUGGAGGAGUUCCCCUCGCAGACGUUUGGCCCUGGCGCCGCGAUCGGGUCGUGCCGCGUGACGGUCGAGAACCCGAAGAACGCCGGCGAGCUCAGGCCCGUGACGGUGCAGGGGUCGCUCGACGAGGUCACCGCCAAGGUCGAGGACUGGAUCAAGGGCGACGCCAUGGGCCGCACGGCGCUGCUGCGCAAGGAGGAGAACGUGCAGGGCGCGAGCGGCAAGCCCGCGAACUACCUGCACUCCCGUCACGUCAGUCUCGUAUUCAGCUUUGCCGAUGACGUCUUCAUCCGCAUCACCGACCAGGGCGGGAACAAGUGCCUGGUGGAGUACCAGGGGCAGCUACGGUUCGGCGGGGGCGACCUGGGCGUCAACGCCGCGCGCGCAAAGCGCAUGUACGACGCCAUCUCUGCCUGA